AUGAAAUCGUCCCUCUUUUGUAUACUUUCUAGCAUUGUGGCUGCUAAUGCCACAAGCGUCCCCUCGUUCUUAGCUCGAGACUCCGUCUCUGCGUCACUCUCUUCAUCAGCAUCUCUUAGUACCUCUUCCUCUGGUGCCUGUACAGGAAACACUGCCAGCACUCGCGAUCAAUGGUGCAACUAUGACAUCAACACUGACUAUACCACCACCAUCCCGGAGACGGGUGUCACUCGAGAAUAUUGGUUUGACCUCGAGCAUGUCACCGUGGCUCCAGACGGACGGUCUAGGUUCGCCCUAGCCAUCAACGGUUCUAUCCCUGGCCCUACCAUUGAAGCAGACUGGGGUGAUACCGUGGUUGUGCAUGUCAACAACAAGCUUCCCAGCUCCGUCAAGAAUGGUACUAGCAUUCAUUUCCACGGAAUCCGCCAAUACUACACAAACCCUUCGGAUGGUGUGGUAUCUAUCACCCAGUGCCCGACUGCUUCGAACAGCACCAUCACUUACAAGUGGAGAGCUACUCAGUACGGCUCGACCUGGUACCAUUCGCACAUUGGUCUCCAGGCUUGGGAGGGUGUGUUCGGUGGCAUCAAGAUCAACGGCCCUGCUAGUGCCAACUAUGAUGUAGAUAAGGGGUUUAUUAUCCUGAAUGACUGGGACAUCAAUACAGUGGAUCAGCUGUUCGAUAGCGCACAGAACGACGGACCCCCGGAACUGGACUCUGCCUUGAUCAAUGGAAUGAAUGUCUUCGGGGAAGAUGGCUAUGCCAAUCAGACAGGAACUAGGUGGAAUACAUCCUUCACAGAGGGAGAGUCCUAUCGAUUCCGCCUGGUUAAUGGAGCCUGUGACACCCAUUUCAAGUUCAUGAUUGACAACCAUACUAUGACUGUCAUUGCCAACGACCUGGUUCCUAUAGAACCGUACAAUACUAGCGUCCUCGAUAUUGCAAUGGGACAACGCUACGACAUCAUCGUCCACGCAGACCAAGCCUCCAUCGCCAAGAACUUCUGGCUGCGUGCCAUCCCCCAGGAGGCCUGUUCCGAGAACCAGAAUCCCACCAACAUCAAGGGAAUCGUAUACUACGGCUCUUCUCCAUCGACACCAACAACAACAACAGGAUAUUCCUACACAGAUGCCUGCGAUGACGAAGACAUGUCCAAUCUCGUACCGAUCGUCAACCCCUACACAAUAACUUCCAACCCGUUAUACAAUGAAUCCGAACCAGUCAGCCUAGGCAAAAACUCCCAGAGCCUCUAUCGCUGGAAGUUAAACAGUACCUCCAUGCACGUGUCCUGGGACGACCCAACUCUCCUAGAGAUCUACCGCAACCACACCUCCUUCUCCAAUACGAGUGGUGUAGUCCAGCUCCCUCGCGCAGACGAAUGGGCCUUUGUCAUCAUCGAGACCACCCUAUCUGUGCCUCACCCCAUCCAUCUCCACGGGCAUGACUUCGUCGUCCUCUCCCAGGGAAGCGGAACCUACAGCGCAGGCGACAUCACAACCAACAAUCCUCCCCGUCGUGAUACAGCCAUGCUCCCAGCAAACGGCCACCUAGUCAUCGGCUUUGUAACCGAUAACCCGGGCGCGUGGUUAAUGCACUGCCAUAUUGGCUGGCAUACGGAGGAAGGCUUCGCCAUUCAGUUUGUGGAACGGUACUCUGAGAUCCAGGAUCUGAUUGAUUAUGAUUCGCUUCACUCGAACUGCCAGAAUUGGGAGACUUAUCAGAGCGGGAAGAAUUUUGCUAUCGAGGAUGAUUCGGGGGUUUAA